GUAUUUGAUGUACGAAGGAGAACUUAUGUGUUUUUAGGGGAGUUUGGGUGUGCCUGAGAGAUCACUCCGUACGGCUGCAGGUAAACAGACGUCAAGGGAACCAUCAACAUGCAGGUUGUUGCUCUGAUUUUCGCUGCCCUGGUGGCUGUAGCGGCAGGUGAGACCUGCACGGGGGCACAGGUGGAUGCUGUAGGGUUCACCUCACAGGACGCCACCAUUGUCACCAAGAUUGCCUACAUUGCUGACUUCACUCUCUCCUGCUCCAACGGUGCGAAGGAUGUCUCACUGUAUGCUGAGACUGUUGACGGCAUUGUGGGUGUGGCUCGCUCUGUUGAUGGGGUCAAGUACCAGGUGAGCUGGGUGGAGGAUGUGGCCACGGCUGUGUCUGGCGAGCGCCCCAUCAAGCUGUAUGAUGACCAGGGAUAUGCUGCCCUCAGGAAGGCUCAGCGAGGUAACGAAGAUACCUCCACUGUGCAGCCCAUUGCUGUCAUCAACCUGUACCACCCUGGUGCCUACCGAGGACCCUGGAUUCAGUCUGAGACGAUGGCCAUCCUUGCCGCUAUCUUCAUCUACUACUAUGCCCUCACUCAGAAGACUCGACUCAUGGCCUAGAGCUGUGUAGAGGACGUGUGUGUAUGAGUGAGCAAGUGUGAGUGUCUGUGUGUGUGAGUGAGUGAUUCAGUCAUUCAUCAUUGCUGUUGUUAAUUAUUUUGUACAAGAUCAUGUGUGUGUGUGUGUAUACAGAUGUUUAUAUGUACCAGUGUUGCUGUGUGUGUGUGUGUGUGUGUGUGUGUGUGUGUGUGUGUGUGUGUGUGUGUGUGUGAAUACAGGUGGAUACAAACCAUUCAUGAAUCACUGCAGACAUUCAUCAAUUCUUUAACCCAAGUGAAAAUGAUGAUGAUCUAAGAAGUCAACCCGUUUGGAAUAGAAAAUGGAAAGCUGUCUCGUCUUUUCUUUCAAAACAAGGGGAUAUUUAGUUAUUUAUUUGUAAUCCGGGUACUUUACACUCCUAUGGCUGUCACGGUGCAGGCAGACCAUUAAAGGUUAUCUGUAGUCUGUCACAAGUCUACUUUGUGCUCUGGUUGAGGAUGACUGUGUGAAGAAUGUUAGUAAAGUACCUAUGUUUGUUA